UUCUCACACACACAGGCUGUCACCGCAGUGAGGUUGUAUUCGGACAAGUCUUUUACCACCCACCAGGAUCGACUCUCACCCUUGGUCCAGCAGGAGAUGGAGCUGGCUGUCCAGCAGAGUCCCAGCAACCACACAGCCCCAUCGGGAGCUGCAGCGUGUUCUGGUUUUUAGUGAGUCAGGCAAGUAGGUCUCAAGCAGAGCAUCUGGAUAGUUAACUUAAUACUAGAGAAUACAGUGUGGACUGUUAAAACAAAUCCAGUCUGUGUGUGUGGAUAAAGGAACCAACCAGAUUGUGCAGCGGAGCCACCUUUGGCUUGGAAGAUCGACUUUGAUUCACAGAGGGCGUUGGGAGUGAACCUGUUUGCAUGGCGUGGUUUAGGUUGCAGACGUUCAUGUCGUUUUGCCUGCAUUUGGGCCUCUUGGCAGUCAUACUGCUGAUGCAGCCUCCUCGUGUAGACGCGGAUGCACCCGGCCCAACAAGUUCCCCAAAGCAAAACAAAUCCUGCGUGGGCAGCUAUGAAUGCAAGCAAGGUGUCAUAUUGCCAAUAUGGUACCCAGAAGACCCGUCCCUGGGCGAUAAGAUUGCCCGGGUGAUAGUUUAUUUUGUGGCGCUGAUCUACAUGUUCUUGGGGGUCUCCAUUAUCGCCGAUCGCUUUAUGGCAUCGAUCGAAGUGAUUACAUCGCAGGAGAAGGAAAUCACCAUUAAUAAGCCGAACGGAGAGACGUCCACCACCCUGGUUCGCAUCUGGAACGACACCGUGUCCAACCUGACCCUCAUGGCUCUGGGCUCGUCGGCUCCGGAAAUCAUGCUCUCCCUGAUCGAGGUGUGCGGCCACGGGUUUAAAGCGGGCGAUCUGGGCCCCAGCACGAUCGUGGGCAGCGCCGCCUUCAACAUGUUCAUCAUCAUCGCCAUCUGUGUGUACGCUAUUCCCGACGGCGAGAGCCGCAGGAUCAAGCACCUGCGCGUGUUCUUCGUCACGGCGGCCUGGAGCAUCUUCGCCUACAUCUGGCUGUACAUGAUCCUCGCCGUCAUCUCGCCGGGCGUGGUGCAGGUCUGGGAGGGGCUGGUCACCUUCCUCUUCUUCCCGGUCUGCGUGCUGCUCGCGUGGACGGCAGACCGCCGCCUGCUCUUCUACAAGUACCUGCACAAGCGGUACCGCACCAGCAAGAGCAGGGGCCUGGUCAUCGAGACCGAGGGGGAGCCGCCCAAAGGCAUCGAGCUGGACGGCAAGCUGGUGAACUCGCACGUCCUCGACGGCGUGCUGGUGGGCCUGGAGGGGAAGGAGGUGGACGAGUCCCGCAAGGAGAUGAUCCGCAUCCUCAAGGAGCUGAAGCAGAAGCACCCCGAGAAAGAGCUGGACCAGCUGGUGGAGAUGGCCAACUACCACGCGCUGUCCCACCAGCAGAAGAGCCGGGCCUUCUACCGCAUCCAGGCCACCCGCAUGAUGACCGGGGCGGGCAACAUCCUCAAGAAGCACGCCGCCGAGCAGGCCAAGAGGAGCGCCAGCCUGCACGAAGUCAGGGCGGACACACCCGAAGACCUGUGCUCCCAGGUCUACUUCGAGCCGUGCGCCUACCAGUGCCUGGAGAACUGCGGGGCCGUCUCGCUGACCGUGGUGCGCAAAGGGGGCGACACCUCCAGGACCCUGGUGGUGGACUACAAGACGGAGGACGGCUCGGCCAACGCGGGCGCCGACUACGAGUUCAGCGAGGGCACGGUCGUCUUCAAGCCGGGCGAAACGCAGAAGGAGAUCACCGUCGGCAUCAUCGACGACGACAUCUUUGAGGAGGACGAGCACUUCUUCGUGCGCCUGAACAACAUCAGAGUGCUGGAGCUGGAAGGUGCCCUGGAGCCGAAUAACGUGCCCUACCCCAAAGCUUUAAUCGUCUCCCCACUGAUUGCAACGGUGACUAUUUUAGAUGAUGACCACGCUGGGAUCUUCACCUUUGAGAGUGAUGUGGUCCAUGUGAGUGAGAGCAUCGGUGUGAUGGAGGUGAAAGUGCUAAGAACAUCUGGGGCACGCGGGACAGUCAUUGUGCCCUUUAGAACAAUAGAAGGGACGGCUAAAGGAGGCGGAGAAGACUUUGAGGACACUUAUGGAGAACUGGAAUUUAAAAAUGACGAGACUCUCAAAAGAGCUCAGAUCAAAAUAAUUGAUGAUGAGGAAUAUGAAAAAAACAAGAGUUUCUUCAUUGAGCUGACGGACCCACGCAUGGUGGAUAUGAGUUCACAGAAAGCGCUCUUACUGGCACAGGAGGACUCUGGUCGGAAGCUGUCAAUCGAAGAAGAGGAGGCAAAACGGAUUGCAGAAAUGGGAAAACCCAUUCUGGGGGAGCAUCCAAAAUUGGAGGUCAUCAUUGAAGAAUCCUAUGAAUUCAAGAGCACAGUGGACAAGCUAAUAAAGAAAACGAACCUAGCACUCGUGGUAGGAACACAUUCCUGGCGGGAUCAGUUCAUGGAGGCCAUCACAGUCAGUGCUGGUGAUGAAGAGGAUGAAGACACAGGAGAGGAGAGACUGCCCUCAUGUUUUGACUAUGUGAUGCAUUUUCUGACCGUCUUUUGGAAGGUUCUGUUUGCCUGUGUACCUCCUACUGAAUACUGGAAUGGAUGGGCCUGCUUUGUCACGUCCAUUCUCAUCAUUGGCCUCCUAACAGCCAUCAUUGGUGAUCUGGCCUCUCAUUUUGGCUGCACCAUUGGUCUGAAGGAUUCCGUUACAGCUGUGGUAUUUGUAGCUCUCGGCACUUCAGUACCAGACACCUUCGCCAGCAAAGUAGCAGCCGCCCAGGAUCACUAUGCCGACGCCUCCAUUGGGAACGUCACCGGCAGCAACGCAGUCAAUGUUUUCCUGGGCAUUGGAUUGGCAUGGUCCGUGGCUGCCAUCUACUGGGCGUCCCAGGGCAAGGAAUUCCAAGUCGAUGCCGGCACCCUGGCUUUCUCUGUCACCCUCUUCACCAUCUUUGCUUUCGUCAGCAUCGGCAUCCUGCUGUACAGGCGGCGGCCGCACAUCGGGGGAGAGCUGGGUGGUCCGUGGGGACCCCGAGUCAUCACUGCCAUGUUGUUCGGGGGAUUAUGGUUACUGUACAUUCUGUUUUCUUCGUUGGAGGCUUACUGCUACAUCAAGGGGUUCUAAAGCAACAGAAGGCCUCCGCUACGCCCCAAAGAGACACAUACCCCCUUGAAUCUCUUCAAACACAAUGCAAUACUCGCCAACAAUAUUCCACUCUUUAAGGGAAAACAGAAUUACUGGAGAUGAUCCCAUUGAAGAGGGCAGUGUACGUCCUACAAAUAAAAUGAAAAGAACAGAAGGCAUUUUGUCAAGGACUGUCCUGUAUCUUCAUCAAGCACUCCUGAGCUUUCUUGCCUUACAGAAGGGUUUUUAUUAAACUACAAAGGGGGGAGGGUGGGAAGGAGGUAUUUGGAUGCUGCUGGGACGGAGUUGGAUGAAGGUUUGCCUAAUCAAAGAGCCAGUUAUAAGCAGAACGCAUACAGUGGUGAGGACUGCCCUUCUUCAGUGGAAAAGCCUGCUGCGUGUCAUCCAAAGUAAUUAUUAUGUCCAGUCCUUGCUGCUGAGAGCUAAUCCAUCCAGACAGAGAGAAAAAAACAUCAUGUUUCACAGAAGGAACUGGGCAAUGGUGCUUAGGUACAGCACGACUGGCAGUUUGAAAACAAAACAUGCCUGUUGCAAAGACGCCCUCUAAUUUGAUUACAUGUCGUGUAAAUUUUGGAAACCGGUUUUUACGUGUCAGUAACAUAUUGGGAAUUUGCUUGUGUUGUCACGAGUUGGAAAGAAUUAAAGCACUUAUGGGGAAGGGGUGUUCCAGGAAAAGAUCAACUCAUCUCUCUUCAGAAAACGUGUUUGGUUCUUUUUUUGAACGGCAUGUUUAACAAAACCAAUGGCCGGGGGUUACCUUGUAAAUACUGUCACAUCAUUUUAACUCACCCUCACAUGCAGCUGAAAGGAAAUGUCAUUCAGAGUCUUAAAGUAUUGCUUCCGGGAGAUGCAUUAAUAAUGGAUCUCAAGCAUGUGAACAGGAGAAGGCCAUUCAGUCCCUCAAGCCUGACAUGCUGCUGGGUAUGAUGGUGGCUGAUUGGCAUCUUAAAAAUGAUCGCAGGAUUGCUGUAGGGGUGUCAGGGAGAGGUGACAGCAUUGAUGGGGUUGGGAGAACUGUACCACAUUUUGUGCAUCACAGUGACUCAUUGUCCACAGAGUCAGACAAUAAGAGAACAGUCGUACGACUUUCUGAGAGUAACGUUGCAAACAAUUUGGAAACGAGUCUACUUUGAAAUGUUUAUUGACGUAACACAGCCACUUUCUAUAUAACGGCACGUAGAAUUGCCUGGUCGAAGGGGGCUGCAUUCUCUAUAGUCUAAGCAGCACAUAACAUUAGAGUUGUUGAGUGCAUCACAUACUGUAAAUAUUUGACCAGAAUACAUUCUAUGCUUACCACACUUGGAGACAGCAGGGACCCAGUGGCAAAAUUACGAAAAUCAAGCCCUUGCUUCUAGCAACCAUAACAUAACUUGAGGAGGAUAUUCUUAACCCAGAGGUGACUUGUUGUGACAAUGAGAUCUUAAGGACCUGGGCAAUAAUAGUUGGAGAGUGAAGUGAGAGGGAAUAUAGUUUGAAAGCAGAAUCUCUGGGUUAAUCAAAGAAGUAGCUGGAUAUUCAAAAGUGCUCUUAUAUUUCCUGCUGCUAGUGACUUGUGUACCCUCUAGCUGCAUCUAAUGCUUUUCUUUUCAAUGGAAAAAUAAAAGCUGGUCCUAUAAGAGUAGAGAUUUUUUUUGACAGGCAUCCACCAUGUUGUAGCCAGUCUGUGUAGCCAAGUUCCUGGUGACGAUUUCAUAGGAUUGUUGGUUUUGUCCAAAGUAUUAGACCUUUUUUUUUAUCAGAGGAAGUCUGCAUGGAUAAUUUCAUCAUAUUUGUGUGCAUUUCAUUUUUUCUGAUUAGAAAAGAUUUGUGUAAACAUUAUGAAAAAAAUGCAAUUGUCAAAAAAAAAUUUUGAAUAACUUUGUUUUCUUGUUCGUUAAACCUGCUCUGAAUGUUGGUGUGACUAUCUCUGACUACAAUUCACUGAUGGGUUGCUUUGGUUUAGUUGUUCACUCAUCCUUACAGUAGUUUUUUUUGUCCACUAUGCUCAGGGUAACUUUAUAGUGAACAUAGUGAUGUGGACUAGAAGAUUGGGAAAAGAUCCCAACCUUGAUAGAGAACCAACCUCUCUAGCCAAUCAGUUGAGAGUACAGGCAGUCCCCGGGUUAGAAACAGAUCCCAUUGCUAAGUACAUUUGUAAGUCCAUUUGUACACAAGUCGGAACACAAUGUAGUACUAUAUAAAAGAGCCAUUUGAAGGUACGAGCAAAUGUUGGUAUGUUGGAUCUUUAAGAUGAAUAUUAAUAUGGGAUCUCAUUCGUAAGCAUUUGUUAAGUCAGACAUUCAUAAACUGGAGACUUCCUGUAGUCUGCCCAUGGUUGUGAUUGAUUUCACAGAAUAGAUGCAAGUUAAGGUCAAGUUAAAGGUGAGUGAUGAGGCAAUAAUAGUGUAUUUAAAGUCUGAGGCCAGUUCACCAGACAAAGUCCUCAUCACCAUCAAAUAGAGUGGCGGCUGUGUCGUUAGACUUUGAAACAGUGGUUCAAGUAUUGUGAAGAAAUCCAAGCAUGACUUUCUUUUAAAAACAAUGUAUUGCAAAGAAAAGCCUUGAGGUAAACUAUUACUUUGAUUCUUCAGUUCCAACUUGCCCACUCCCUCACCAAAACCCCAAAGGUAUGAAUGAAAUUGUUGAUAAUUGUGAGAUUUAUAGCUUUGAUCUGUUCACACAGAGAGAUUGCAGCACCAAAAUACAGUAAACGAUGAUGAUUAUGAAGGCCUUACAUGAUCUGGCUGAUGGAGGUUGGCCAGGCCUAGUAAGUUCUCCUUGAACUAGUAACAAAUUUAAUGAUAGGAGGUCCUUCUAUAUCAUGAACAGUCACAGUCUACAUAUAAUUUUGUCUGAGUACCACCGACAAAGUUAAUGUUUGUUGCCCAUUCUUAAUUGUCCUUGAAUUGAGUGGUUUUACAGGUUUUUGUAGAGGCAGUUACAAAUCAAUCAUGUUGCUGUGGGUCUGGAGUCACCAAGAGACUAGACAACUUAAGAGUUUACUUCUUUAAAGGCCAUCAGUUGAAUGAAAUGAAUUUUUACAGAUCUUUAAAAAUAAAAUGAGCUACUGUGAUAGCGCAGUCAUCAUAUGCAUCAGCUUAUUUCAAAUGUUCCCAGAAUUUGUACCCAUUACCCCCAAUGGCGUAGUUCAUAGAUUUAAAUUACUUGGCCAGUGAAAUUACUGCUAUGAUAAUGUUUUCUCUAACUUCAAUGCACAAAACUGCUUCAUGCAAUGGUUACUAUUUAAAGCCUGAUUUUGCACAUGAUUGAAACCCCCAUUUUAAUCAAAUACUCCAACACCAAGGCUGAGGAGUUCACUCAGGUGAACUGUUGGGUUUCUUAGGGACACAGUGUUAGCAACACAUGGUCAGUUGGGGAGGUCUGACAAGGUCUGUUUUUUAAGCCUCAGGUUUCAUCAUAAUGGCUUUACGGUAGAAGCAUACAUUGUUUAGUGCUCCAGUUACCAGCUAUGAGAGCAGGUUGAUUUGUGGAAGCCUGACAGAAGAUUGGUAGGGUGUUGGCUCAGGUCUCCGACCAAGGUUCGGGGAGCAAUAGGCUGUUAAGAUCACAGCACCCUGGAGUAACACUCAGCUGUCAGGCCCAGAUAUGCUGACGGGGGGAUGGAUAUCAGGUAGAAAGAUUGCAGACCACAGGAAAACUGUCGGCAAGUUCAGGCAGGAAGAUGGCAGAUCUUGGCAAUAAUGCAGGGGAAUUGAUAGAGCCUGGAAACAGGGAUUGGGAAUGUGGUUGAAAAUCUCUGGAUUCACAGUGACCUGAUUCUGGUAGAUGCUAACCUGUUUCUCACGUCAGUGAUGCUCAGUGUUGCUUUUUCCCUGUUGACAUUCAGCACUGGCAUGGCUGCCUCAGGGCAAACCAAAGAUGCGAUAGGAUCAAUUGAAGCAGGUGAUAGCCCUUAGUUGCAUGUGCAAGCAAAUGGGAAGCUCUUUCAGGCAUGGGUGAAGGAAACCUCUUCGCAAACAUGAUUCAUGGUCGAGAUGUGUGGGUGCAUAUCAGACAACAGUUUGAUCCCCAAGCAAGGGGUGCUGCCUUAUUGUCAUGCUGCAUCCAGGUUUGCACACUAAGGUCAUGAAGGGAAUUCAGUUUAAUGUCUUUGCACAAGAGGGAUCCCUUAUUAGUUAACUCUUAAUACAGACUAGAUCAUGGUCAAUUAUCCUGUAUAUUUGCUCCAGCCAAACUCUUUCACAAUGUGAUUUACCCACUUGAUACUCCUUAUAAACGAUGCUUUUAAUGGCAAGUGAUUUCUGUAGAGUCACUUAAUGAACAGGGGCUCUUUAUACACACUGUAUUAACUUCCUAUAGGCAACUCUUUAUCCUGGAGGAACCAUUGAGCACGGUAACACUAUACAUUGAUAUUGGAAUGAUGAUUACAAAGUUUCAACCUCAUUUCAGAAGCAAAUAUAGGAUAAUCCUGAGAAUCCUUGAGAAAGUAACUGCCACAGUGCUUAUUAAUUGAUCUUGGAAAUGUUGACUCAAUUCUCUGCAGCAAAACGUGUAGCUUUUACACCACUUUCUGAUGCUGGGUGGGUGAUGUGAUCUUGACUGUGCAAUAAUGUGAAAUGGGUAAUAAUGAGUCACUGGCCUGUUUUACAUCUCUCACAAUUUUAAUUUCCAUCAGCUUCAACACUGGGAAAUUAAACACGUUUCCAAUUCAUAUCACUUUUUUUUUUAAACACUGUCUCAUGAAGUCCCAUUUUUAUCCCUACUGGUGCCUGUCUCUUCAAAAAUGUGUAUAUGAAUCAUCAUUAUUACCCUUGUAAUGCUCAGGAAAAUUGUUUAAAACGUUUGAGAUUUUGUGGGCUUAUCUGCAAUAGUUUCAGCAUUGAAGGCCAUUGAUGAAUAGAAACCAAGUUUAAAAACUAGGCAGUGAAACAAAACACCUGCAGCAUACAAACAUUUUUUUUCUGACCUAUUGUUCAUGCAAACAAAAAGAACACAGUCGUUUUGAUUCACAAACUGACCACGUUCGACUUAGAGACCACCCUGUGGGUAUUGGUAUCUGUAACCUUCAAUCCUCUAUGCGUAGCCUUGCAUGCCUUGCAUGGUGCAUUGACUGGAAUUGUUUAAUUAUUUAUUUUGUUUCACUGUUGUCUUUCUGUUUUAUUCUUUCCUAAUUUAUUUUCAUUCUUUUACUACAUCGAAGAGAUUCUGUACACGAUGCCAUAUGUGACACAGCUCCUGAAAAUGUUUCCAUUUGCGAUUAUGCAUAGUGUACUUGAUGAUUGUGGCUAGAUUUGUUAAAAGGCAGCUUGCUCACCAUGAAGUACUUCAGUGGGAAACCAACUUCAGGAAGACUCUAGGUAGACAGGUAAUAAUCACACUGCCUGUUCACCCAGAGCCCAUUGGUGUAAACACCCCAGACUUGCAUACAGAGUUGCUUUGUACAGUAACCUGAAGGGAAAAUGUGUGAACAUUUACAAUAAAAGUCUGAAAACUAU